AUGUCUCCAUACGCAACCUACCCGAGCCUGCGGGGCAAGACGGUGCUGAUCACGGGCGGCGCCGAGGGCAUCGGCGCCGCCUCGGUCGAGCUCUUCUGCCGCCAGGGCUCCAACGUCGUGUUCCUGGACUACUCGGCAUCCUCGGCAGCCAAGCUGCUCGAGAAGAUGAAGGCCAUCCCGGACGCCACGACACCCACGUUCAUGCACUGCGACGUGACAGACCUGGACCGGGUGAAGGCGUGCGCAGAGCAGACGCUCGCGAACCACGGCGACACCGUCGACGUGCUGCUCAACAACGCCGCGGGCGCGGGGUCCAAGUCGCGCGUGCCGACGUCGGCCGUGACGCCCGCGCAGUGGGACGCCGACGUUGCCGUCAACCUGCGGCACCAGUUCUUCCUGACGCAGGCGGUGGCGCCGGCGAUGCGGCAACGGAAAGCCGGCAGCAUCAUCAACAUGGGCUCGAUCACGUGGGCGAUCCCGGCCACGGGCCUGCCGGUCUACACGCUGUGCAAGGCGGCCGUCAUGGGCAUGACCCGCACGCACGCGAAGGAGUUUGGGGGCGACGGGGUCCGGGUUAACAGCGUUAUGCCCGGCGCCAUUGCGACGCAGAGGCAGGUCGAGGAGGUGCUGACGGAUGAGUAUCACGCUGAGGUCAUGGCGGCGCAGAGCUUGAAGAGGGAUUUGAUGCCCGAGGAGGUGGCGCGGCUGAUUCUGUUCCUGGCCGCGGAUGAUUCGAGUGCUAUUACGGGGAGUAGCUAUGUCGUUGAUGGGGGAUGGGUUGGCGAUCCUUGA